AUGUUGCUUGAUCUCCCAGAGGAGGCUCUUUGCCUGAUUGCGGAAGAGCUAGGUCUCCAGUGUGAUCGCUAUUCCCUAGUUCUAUCAUGUCGUCGACUGUACACAAUUUUGCUACCAACUCUCUACUCCCGGGUUGUUCUUUGUGAUGUCCACAACCAUACCAUUAGGCAAGUCAGUCAGUUCUUCAAUAAUAUCGCUCGAGAGCCGCGGUUGGCGAACGCCGUGCGAGCUCUUCGCCUGGAGAGUUGGGACACCGAGGACGACAUCGAGCACAUCGACUGUGAAUUUGAAUAUGACGCGGACCUCAUCCACGGCCUUGUCGCUGGAACAUGUUGGUCGAUGCAGCCUUAUGGUCAGCUGCUACGCGGAAAUACCGAUGCGUGGUUGGCUUUGCUGCUCCCCCAGUUGAAAGGCUUAAGACAAAUCAGCAUAUGCUACCCGUUUGGGUCGGAAUACGUUCAGCAGAUGUUAGUGAAGGCUGCAAAAGAGGACGUCACAGCAUUCGGUCGCCUCGCCGACGCUUUUGCGGAAUGGUAUGAUACGGAAAAUUCCAUCCAUGCAAGCUGCAUGGAACCUUUUUUCAAAUUCCCGUCGAUACGCAGGAUUGGAGGAUCCUUUAUUCUCGACUCUGAUCGUGAGGUCGGACAACCCCGCAUCACACCCUUCUCGGGAGUCACAGAUAUUGAUCUCGACAUGACCAACACUGAGUGUGGAUUUGGUGUCUGGAUUGAAUCUUGCAAGGCUCUCAAGACAUUCCGUUUGAAUAUUGGUGGGUCAAUGGUCUCAGAUGGACCUGACAUUGUAUCGGCACCCCUUCGAGAAUCUAUAUCCCUUCACAAGUCAACGCUGGAGGCGUUUUGGCUCUGUGGCGAAACAUGUCAGUCAUUAGAUGACGAUGAUGGAUGGAUGGGAUCCUUUGCCGAUUUCAAAGUGAUGAAAUAUCUACAUAUCUCUACAACAAUGCUCGCCGGGCUUGACGAAGACCUUGAGCCCACCCACGACCUCGUGGAGCUUUUACCGCCGUCCCUUGAGACUUUGUUUCUGUGUCACUGCCACAACGAGCUGCUCGAUUGGGUUAUUGAUCAACUCGAACGUCUGGUAAAUUCAAAUGCUCUGCCACGCCUUACUUCGCUGGGACUUGAAGGCUGGGGACCUUCAGAGGUGGAUGAAAGUUCCUUGGAGACUAUGCGCAGACUGGAGGAGUUGGACAAAAGAUGUGCCGAAGUUGGAUUGUACUUUGCUACUUCUAUUGGAAGUCACAGAGCAGUACCGAGUCGUUUUGUAUCGCUUUGGCCUUGUGACUAG